AUGGUCGACCCCGUCUCCCUCUGCUGGUAUGCUGUGCUCGCCCUCUGCAUGGUCGACCCCGUCUCCCUCUGCUGGUAUGCUGUGCUCGCCCUCUGCAUGGUCGACCCCGUCUCCCUCUGCUGGUAUGCUGUGCUCGCCCUCUGCAUGGUCGACCCCGUCUCCCUCUGCUGGUAUGCUGUGCUCGCCCUCUGCAUGGUCGACCCCGUCUCCCUCUGCUGGUAUGCUGUGCUCGCCCUCUGCAUGGUCGACCCCGUCUCCCUCUGCUGGUAUGCUGUGCUCGCCCUCUGCAUGGUCGACCCCGUCUCCCUCUGCUGGUAUGCUGUGCUCGCCCUCUGCAUGGUCGACCCCGUCUCCCUCUGCUGGUAUGCUGUGCUCGCCCUCUGCAUGGUCGACCCCGUCUCCCUCUGCUGGUAUGCUGUGCUCGCCCUCUGCAUGGUCGACCCCGUCUCCCUCUGCUGGUAUGCUGUGCUCGCCCUCUGCAUGGUCGACCCCGUCUCCCUCUGCUGGUAUGCUGUGCUCGCCCUCUGCAUGGUCGACCCCGUCUCCCUCUGCUGGUAUGCUGUGCUCGCCCUCUGCAUGGUCGACCCCGUCUCCCUCUGCUGGUAUGCUGUGCUCGCCCUCUGCAUGGUCGACCCCGUCUCCCUCUGCUGGUAUGCUGUGCUCGCCCUCUGCAUGGUCGACCCCGUCUCCCUCUGCUGGUAUGCUGUGCUCGCCCUCUGCAUGGUCGACCCCGUCUCCCUCUGCUGGUAUGCUGUGCUCGCCCUCUGCAUGGUCGACCCCGUCUCCCUCUGCUGGUAUGCUGUGCUCGCCCUCUGCAUGGUCGACCCCGUCUCCCUCUGCUGGUAUGCUGUGCUCGCCCUCUGCAUGGUCGACCCCGUCUCCCUCUGCUGGUAUGCUGUGCUCGCCCUCUGCAUGGUCGACCCCGUCUCCCUCUGCUGGUAUGCUGUGCUCGCCCUCUGCAUGGUCGACCCCGUCUCCCUCUGCUGGUAUGCUGUGCUCGCCCUCUGCAUGGUCGACCCCGUCUCCCUCUGCUGGUAUGCUGUGCUCGCCCUCUGCAUGGUCGACCCCGUCUCCCUCUGCUGGUAUGCUGUGCUCGCCCUCUGCAUGGUCGACCCCGUCUCCCUCUGCUGGUAUGCUGUGCUCGCCCUCUGCAUGGUCGACCCCGUCUCCCUCUGCUGGUAUGCUGUGCUCGCCCUCUGCAUGGUCGACCCCGUCUCCCUCUGCUGGUAUGCUGUGCUCGCCCUCUGCAUGGUCGACCCCGUCUCCCUCUGCUGGUAUGCUGUGCUCGCCCUCUGCAUGGUCGACCCCGUCUCCCUCUGCUGGUAUGCUGUGCUCGCCCUCUGCAUGGUCGACCCCGUCUCCCUCUGCUGGUAUGCUGUGCUCGCCCUCUGCAUGGUCGACCCCGUCUCCCUCUGCUGGUAUGCUGUGCUCGCCCUCUGCAUGGUCGACCCCGUCUCCCUCUGCUGGUAUGCUGUGCUCGCCCUCUGCAUGGUCGACCCCGUCUCCCUCUGCUGGUAUGCUGUGCUCGCCCUCUGCAUGGUCGACCCCGUCUCCCUCUGCUGGUAUGCUGUGCUCGCCCUCUGCAUGGUCGACCCCGUCUCCCUCUGCUGGUAUGCUGUGCUCGCCCUCUGCAUGGUCGACCCCGUCUCCCUCUGCUGGUAUGCUGUGCUCGCCCUCUGCAUGGUCGACCCCGUCUCCCUCUGCUGGUAUGCUGUGCUCGCCCUCUGCAUGGUCGACCCCGUCUCCCUCUGCUGGUAUGCUGUGCUCGCCCUCUGCAUGGUCGACCCCGUCUCCCUCUGCUGGUAUGCUGUGCUCGCCCUCUGCAUGGUCGACCCCGUCUCCCUCUGCUGGUAUGCUGUGCUCGCCCUCUGCAUGGUCGACCCCGUCUCCCUCUGCUGGUAUGCUGUGCUCGCCCUCUGCAUGGUCGACCCCGUCUCCCUCUGCUGGUAUGCUGUGCUCGCCCUCUGCAUGGUCGACCCCGUCUCCCUCUGCUGGUAUGCUGUGCUCGCCCUCUGCAUGGUCGACCCCGUCUCCCUCUGCUGGUAUGCUGUGCUCGCCCUCUGCAUGGUCGACCCCGUCUCCCUCUGCUGGUAUGCUGUGCUCGCCCUCUGCAUGGUCGACCCCGUCUCCCUCUGCUGGUAUGCUGUGCUCGCCCUCUGCAUGGUCGACCCCGUCUCCCUCUGCUGGUAUGCUGUGCUCGCCCUCUGCAUGGUCGACCCCGUCUCCCUCUGCUGGUAUGCUGUGCUCGCCCUCUGCAUGGUCGACCCCGUCUCCCUCUGCUGGUAUGCUGUGCUCGCCCUCUGCAUGGUCGACCCCGUCUCCCUCUGCUGGUAUGCUGUGCUCGCCCUCUGCAUGGUCGACCCCGUCUCCCUCUGCUGGUAUGCUGUGCUCGCCCUCUGCAUGGUCGACCCCGUCUCCCUCUGCUGGUAUGCUGUGCUCGCCCUCUGCAUGGUCGACCCCGUCUCCCUCUGCUGGUAUGCUGUGCUCGCCCUCUGCAUGGUCGACCCCGUCUCCCUCUGCUGGUAUGCUGUGCUCGCCCUCUGCAUGGUCGACCCCGUCUCCCUCUGCUGGUAUGCUGUGCUCGCCCUCUGCAUGGUCGACCCCGUCUCCCUCUGCUGGUAUGCUGUGCUCGCCCUCUGCAUGGUCGACCCCGUCUCCCUCUGCUGGUAUGCUGUGCUCGCCCUCUGCAUGGUCGACCCCGUCUCCCUCUGCUGGUAUGCUGUGCUCGCCCUCUGCAUGGUCGACCCCGUCUCCCUCUGCUGGUAUGCUGUGCUCGCCCUCUGCAUGGUCGACCCCGUCUCCCUCUGCUGGUAUGCUGUGCUCGCCCUCUGCAUGGUCGACCCCGUCUCCCUCUGCUGGUAUGCUGUGCUCGCCCUCUGCAUGGUCGACCCCGUCUCCCUCUGCUGGUAUGCUGUGCUCGCCCUCUGCAUGGUCGACCCCGUCUCCCUCUGCUGGUAUGCUGUGCUCGCCCUCUGCAUGGUCGACCCCGUCUCCCUCUGCUGGUAUGCUGUGCUCGCCCUCUGCAUGGUCGACCCCGUCUCCCUCUGCUGGUAUGCUGUGCUCGCCCUCUGCAUGGUCGACCCCGUCUCCCUCUGCUGGUAUGCUGUGCUCGCCCUCUGCAUGGUCGACCCCGUCUCCCUCUGCUGGUAUGCUGUGCUCGCCCUCUGCAUGGUCGACCCCGUCUCCCUCUGCUGGUAUGCUGUGCUCGCCCUCUGCAUGGUCGACCCCGUCUCCCUCUGCUGGUAUGCUGUGCUCGCCCUCUGCAUGGUCGACCCCGUCUCCCUCUGCUGGUAUGCUGUGCUCGCCCUCUGCAUGGUCGACCCCGUCUCCCUCUGCUGGUAUGCUGUGCUCGCCCUCUGCAUGGUCGACCCCGUCUCCCUCUGCUGGUAUGCUGUGCUCGCCCUCUGCAUGGUCGACCCCGUCUCCCUCUGCUGGUAUGCUGUGCUCGCCCUCUGCAUGGUCGACCCCGUCUCCCUCUGCUGGUAUGCUGUGCUCGCCCUCUGCAUGGUCGACCCCGUCUCCCUCUGCUGGUAUGCUGUGCUCGCCCUCUGCAUGGUCGACCCCGUCUCCCUCUGCUGGUAUGCUGUGCUCGCCCUCUGCAUGGUCGACCCCGUCUCCCUCUGCUGGUAUGCUGUGCUCGCCCUCUGCAUGGUCGACCCCGUCUCCCUCUGCUGGUAUGCUGUGCUCGCCCUCUGCAUGGUCGACCCCGUCUCCCUCUGCUGGUAUGCUGUGCUCGCCCUCUGCAUGGUCGACCCCGUCUCCCUCUGCUGGUAUGCUGUGCUCGCCCUCUGCAUGGUCGACCCCGUCUCCCUCUGCUGGUAUGCUGUGCUCGCCCUCUGCAUGGUCGACCCCGUCUCCCUCUGCUGGUAUGCUGUGCUCGCCCUCUGCAUGGUCGACCCCGUCUCCCUCUGCUGGUAUGCUGUGCUCGCCCUCUGCAUGGUCGACCCCGUCUCCCUCUGCUGGUAUGCUGUGCUCGCCCUCUGCAUGGUCGACCCCGUCUCCCUCUGCUGGUAUGCUGUGCUCGCCCUCUGCAUGGUCGACCCCGUCUCCCUCUGCUGGUAUGCUGUGCUCGCCCUCUGCAUGGUCGACCCCGUCUCCCUCUGCUGGUAUGCUGUGCUCGCCCUCUGCAUGGUCGACCCCGUCUCCCUCUGCUGGUAUGCUGUGCUCGCCCUCUGCAUGGUCGACCCCGUCUCCCUCUGCUGGUAUGCUGUGCUCGCCCUCUGCAUGGUCGACCCCGUCUCCCUCUGCUGGUAUGCUGUGCUCGCCCUCUGCAUGGUCGACCCCGUCUCCCUCUGCUGGUAUGCUGUGCUCGCCCUCUGCAUGGUCGACCCCGUCUCCCUCUGCUGGUAUGCUGUGCUCGCCCUCUGCAUGGUCGACCCCGUCUCCCUCUGCUGGUAUGCUGUGCUCGCCCUCUGCAUGGUCGACCCCGUCUCCCUCUGCUGGUAUGCUGUGCUCGCCCUCUGCAUGGUCGACCCCGUCUCCCUCUGCUGGUAUGCUGUGCUCGCCCUCUGCAUGGUCGACCCCGUCUCCCUCUGCUGGUAUGCUGUGCUCGCCCUCUGCAUGGUCGACCCCGUCUCCCUCUGCUGGUAUGCUGUGCUCGCCCUCUGCAUGGUCGACCCCGUCUCCCUCUGCUGGUAUGCUGUGCUCGCCCUCUGCAUGGUCGACCCCGUCUCCCUCUGCUGGUAUGCUGUGCUCGCCCUCUGCAUGGUCGACCCCGUCUCCCUCUGCUGGUAUGCUGUGCUCGCCCUCUGCAUGGUCGACCCCGUCUCCCUCUGCUGGUAUGCUGUGCUCGCCCUCUGCAUGGUCGACCCCGUCUCCCUCUGCUGGUAUGCUGUGCUCGCCCUCUGCAUGGUCGACCCCGUCUCCCUCUGCUGGUAUGCUGUGCUCGCCCUCUGCAUGGUCGACCCCGUCUCCCUCUGCUGGUAUGCUGUGCUCGCCCUCUGCAUGGUCGACCCCGUCUCCCUCUGCUGGUAUGCUGUGCUCGCCCUCUGCAUGGUCGACCCCGUCUCCCUCUGCUGGUAUGCUGUGCUCGCCCUCUGCAUGGUCGACCCCGUCUCCCUCUGCUGGUAUGCUGUGCUCGCCCUCUGCAUGGUCGACCCCGUCUCCCUCUGCUGGUAUGCUGUGCUCGCCCUCUGCAUGGUCGACCCCGUCUCCCUCUGCUGGUAUGCUGUGCUCGCCCUCUGCAUGGUCGACCCCGUCUCCCUCUGCUGGUAUGCUGUGCUCGCCCUCUGCAUGGUCGACCCCGUCUCCCUCUGCUGGUAUGCUGUGCUCGCCCUCUGCAUGGUCGACCCCGUCUCCCUCUGCUGGUAUGCUGUGCUCGCCCUCUGCAUGGUCGACCCCGUCUCCCUCUGCUGGUAUGCUGUGCUCGCCCUCUGCAUGGUCGACCCCGUCUCCCUCUGCUGGUAUGCUGUGCUCGCCCUCUGCAUGGUCGACCCCGUCUCCCUCUGCUGGUAUGCUGUGCUCGCCCUCUGCAUGGUCGACCCCGUCUCCCUCUGCUGGUAUGCUGUGCUCGCCCUCUGCAUGGUCGACCCCGUCUCCCUCUGCUGGUAUGCUGUGCUCGCCCUCUGCAUGGUCGACCCCGUCUCCCUCUGCUGGUAUGCUGUGCUCGCCCUCUGCAUGGUCGACCCCGUCUCCCUCUGCUGGUAUGCUGUGCUCGCCCUCUGCAUGGUCGACCCCGUCUCCCUCUGCUGGUAUGCUGUGCUCGCCCUCUGCAUGGUCGACCCCGUCUCCCUCUGCUGGUAUGCUGUGCUCGCCCUCUGCAUGGUCGACCCCGUCUCCCUCUGCUGGUAUGCUGUGCUCGCCCUCUGCAUGGUCGACCCCGUCUCCCUCUGCUGGUAUGCUGUGCUCGCCCUCUGCAUGGUCGACCCCGUCUCCCUCUGCUGGUAUGCUGUGCUCGCCCUCUGCAUGGUCGACCCCGUCUCCCUCUGCUGGUAUGCUGUGCUCGCCCUCUGCAUGGUCGACCCCGUCUCCCUCUGCUGGUAUGCUGUGCUCGCCCUCUGCAUGGUCGACCCCGUCUCCCUCUGCUGGUAUGCUGUGCUCGCCCUCUGCAUGGUCGACCCCGUCUCCCUCUGCUGGUAUGCUGUGCUCGCCCUCUGCAUGGUCGACCCCGUCUCCCUCUGCUGGUAUGCUGUGCUCGCCCUCUGCAUGGUCGACCCCGUCUCCCUCUGCUGGUAUGCUGUGCUCGCCCUCUGCAUGGUCGACCCCGUCUCCCUCUGCUGGUAUGCUGUGCUCGCCCUCUGCAUGGUCGACCCCGUCUCCCUCUGCUGGUAUGCUGUGCUCGCCCUCUGCAUGGUCGACCCCGUCUCCCUCUGCUGGUAUGCUGUGCUCGCCCUCUGCAUGGUCGACCCCGUCUCCCUCUGCUGGUAUGCUGUGCUCGCCCUCUGCAUGGUCGACCCCGUCUCCCUCUGCUGGUAUGCUGUGCUCGCCCUCUGCAUGGUCGACCCCGUCUCCCUCUGCUGGUAUGCUGUGCUCGCCCUCUGCAUGGUCGACCCCGUCUCCCUCUGCUGGUAUGCUGUGCUCGCCCUCUGCAUGGUCGACCCCGUCUCCCUCUGCUGGUAUGCUGUGCUCGCCCUCUGCAUGGUCGACCCCGUCUCCCUCUGCUGGUAUGCUGUGCUCGCCCUCUGCAUGGUCGACCCCGUCUCCCUCUGCUGGUAUGCUGUGCUCGCCCUCUGCAUGGUCGACCCCGUCUCCCUCUGCUGGUAUGCUGUGCUCGCCCUCUGCAUGGUCGACCCCGUCUCCCUCUGCUGGUAUGCUGUGCUCGCCCUCUGCAUGGUCGACCCCGUCUCCCUCUGCUGGUAUGCUGUGCUCGCCCUCUGCAUGGUCGACCCCGUCUCCCUCUGCUGGUAUGCUGUGCUCGCCCUCUGCAUGGUCGACCCCGUCUCCCUCUGCUGGUAUGCUGUGCUCGCCCUCUGCAUGGUCGACCCCGUCUCCCUCUGCUGGUAUGCUGUGCUCGCCCUCUGCAUGGUCGACCCCGUCUCCCUCUGCUGGUAUGCUGUGCUCGCCCUCUGCAUGGUCGACCCCGUCUCCCUCUGCUGGUAUGCUGUGCUCGCCCUCUGCAUGGUCGACCCCGUCUCCCUCUGCUGGUAUGCUGUGCUCGCCCUCUGCAUGGUCGACCCCGUCUCCCUCUGCUGGUAUGCUGUGCUCGCCCUCUGCAUGGUCGACCCCGUCUCCCUCUGCUGGUAUGCUGUGCUCGCCCUCUGCAUGGUCGACCCCGUCUCCCUCUGCUGGUAUGCUGUGCUCGCCCUCUGCAUGGUCGACCCCGUCUCCCUCUGCUGGUAUGCUGUGCUCGCCCUCUGCAUGGUCGACCCCGUCUCCCUCUGCUGGUAUGCUGUGCUCGCCCUCUGCAUGGUCGACCCCGUCUCCCUCUGCUGGUAUGCUGUGCUCGCCCUCUGCAUGGUCGACCCCGUCUCCCUCUGCUGGUAUGCUGUGCUCGCCCUCUGCAUGGUCGACCCCGUCUCCCUCUGCUGGUAUGCUGUGCUCGCCCUCUGCAUGGUCGACCCCGUCUCCCUCUGCUGGUAUGCUGUGCUCGCCCUCUGCAUGGUCGACCCCGUCUCCCUCUGCUGGUAUGCUGUGCUCGCCCUCUGCAUGGUCGACCCCGUCUCCCUCUGCUGGUAUGCUGUGCUCGCCCUCUGCAUGGUCGACCCCGUCUCCCUCUGCUGGUAUGCUGUGCUCGCCCUCUGCAUGGUCGACCCCGUCUCCCUCUGCUGGUAUGCUGUGCUCGCCCUCUGCAUGGUCGACCCCGUCUCCCUCUGCUGGUAUGCUGUGCUCGCCCUCUGCAUGGUCGACCCCGUCUCCCUCUGCUGGUAUGCUGUGCUCGCCCUCUGCAUGGUCGACCCCGUCUCCCUCUGCUGGUAUGCUGUGCUCGCCCUCUGCAUGGUCGACCCCGUCUCCCUCUGCUGGUAUGCUGUGCUCGCCCUCUGCAUGGUCGACCCCGUCUCCCUCUGCUGGUAUGCUGUGCUCGCCCUCUGCAUGGUCGACCCCGUCUCCCUCUGCUGGUAUGCUGUGCUCGCCCUCUGCAUGGUCGACCCCGUCUCCCUCUGCUGGUAUGCUGUGCUCGCCCUCUGCAUGGUCGACCCCGUCUCCCUCUGCUGGUAUGCUGUGCUCGCCCUCUGCAUGGUCGACCCCGUCUCCCUCUGCUGGUAUGCUGUGCUCGCCCUCUGCAUGGUCGACCCCGUCUCCCUCUGCUGGUAUGCUGUGCUCGCCCUCUGCAUGGUCGACCCCGUCUCCCUCUGCUGGUAUGCUGUGCUCGCCCUCUGCAUGGUCGACCCCGUCUCCCUCUGCUGGUAUGCUGUGCUCGCCCUCUGCAUGGUCGACCCCGUCUCCCUCUGCUGGUAUGCUGUGCUCGCCCUCUGCAUGGUCGACCCCGUCUCCCUCUGCUGGUAUGCUGUGCUCGCCCUCUGCAUGGUCGACCCCGUCUCCCUCUGCUGGUAUGCUGUGCUCGCCCUCUGCAUGGUCGACCCCGUCUCCCUCUGCUGGUAUGCUGUGCUCGCCCUCUGCAUGGUCGACCCCGUCUCCCUCUGCUGGUAUGCUGUGCUCGCCCUCUGCAUGGUCGACCCCGUCUCCCUCUGCUGGUAUGCUGUGCUCGCCCUCUGCAUGGUCGACCCCGUCUCCCUCUGCUGGUAUGCUGUGCUCGCCCUCUGCAUGGUCGACCCCGUCUCCCUCUGCUGGUAUGCUGUGCUCGCCCUCUGCAUGGUCGACCCCGUCUCCCUCUGCUGGUAUGCUGUGCUCGCCCUCUGCAUGGUCGACCCCGUCUCCCUCUGCUGGUAUGCUGUGCUCGCCCUCUGCAUGGUCGACCCCGUCUCCCUCUGCUGGUAUGCUGUGCUCGCCCUCUGCAUGGUCGACCCCGUCUCCCUCUGCUGGUAUGCUGUGCUCGCCCUCUGCAUGGUCGACCCCGUCUCCCUCUGCUGGUAUGCUGUGCUCGCCCUCUGCAUGGUCGACCCCGUCUCCCUCUGCUGGUAUGCUGUGCUCGCCCUCUGCAUGGUCGACCCCGUCUCCCUCUGCUGGUAUGCUGUGCUCGCCCUCUGCAUGGUCGACCCCGUCUCCCUCUGCUGGUAUGCUGUGCUCGCCCUCUGCAUGGUCGACCCCGUCUCCCUCUGCUGGUAUGCUGUGCUCGCCCUCUGCAUGGUCGACCCCGUCUCCCUCUGCUGGUAUGCUGUGCUCGCCCUCUGCAUGGUCGACCCCGUCUCCCUCUGCUGGUAUGCUGUGCUCGCCCUCUGCAUGGUCGACCCCGUCUCCCUCUGCUGGUAUGCUGUGCUCGCCCUCUGCAUGGUCGACCCCGUCUCCCUCUGCUGGUAUGCUGUGCUCGCCCUCUGCAUGGUCGACCCCGUCUCCCUCUGCUGGUAUGCUGUGCUCGCCCUCUGCAUGGUCGACCCCGUCUCCCUCUGCUGGUAUGCUGUGCUCGCCCUCUGCAUGGUCGACCCCGUCUCCCUCUGCUGGUAUGCUGUGCUCGCCCUCUGCAUGGUCGACCCCGUCUCCCUCUGCUGGUAUGCUGUGCUCGCCCUCUGCAUGGUCGACCCCGUCUCCCUCUGCUGGUAUGCUGUGCUCGCCCUCUGCAUGGUCGACCCCGUCUCCCUCUGCUGGUAUGCUGUGCUCGCCCUCUGCAUGGUCGACCCCGUCUCCCUCUGCUGGUAUGCUGUGCUCGCCCUCUGCAUGGUCGACCCCGUCUCCCUCUGCUGGUAUGCUGUGCUCGCCCUCUGCAUGGUCGACCCCGUCUCCCUCUGCUGGUAUGCUGUGCUCGCCCUCUGCAUGGUCGACCCCGUCUCCCUCUGCUGGUAUGCUGUGCUCGCCCUCUGCAUGGUCGACCCCGUCUCCCUCUGCUGGUAUGCUGUGCUCGCCCUCUGCAUGGUCGACCCCGUCUCCCUCUGCUGGUAUGCUGUGCUCGCCCUCUGCAUGGUCGACCCCGUCUCCCUCUGCUGGUAUGCUGUGCUCGCCCUCUGCAUGGUCGACCCCGUCUCCCUCUGCUGGUAUGCUGUGCUCGCCCUCUGCAUGGUCGACCCCGUCUCCCUCUGCUGGUAUGCUGUGCUCGCCCUCUGCAUGGUCGACCCCGUCUCCCUCUGCUGGUAUGCUGUGCUCGCCCUCUGCAUGGUCGACCCCGUCUCCCUCUGCUGGUAUGCUGUGCUCGCCCUCUGCAUGGUCGACCCCGUCUCCCUCUGCUGGUAUGCUGUGCUCGCCCUCUGCAUGGUCGACCCCGUCUCCCUCUGCUGGUAUGCUGUGCUCGCCCUCUGCAUGGUCGACCCCGUCUCCCUCUGCUGGUAUGCUGUGCUCGCCCUCUGCAUGGUCGACCCCGUCUCCCUCUGCUGGUAUGCUGUGCUCGCCCUCUGCAUGGUCGACCCCGUCUCCCUCUGCUGGUAUGCUGUGCUCGCCCUCUGCAUGGUCGACCCCGUCUCCCUCUGCUGGUAUGCUGUGCUCGCCCUCUGCAUGGUCGACCCCGUCUCCCUCUGCUGGUAUGCUGUGCUCGCCCUCUGCAUGGUCGACCCCGUCUCCCUCUGCUGGUAUGCUGUGCUCGCCCUCUGCAUGGUCGACCCCGUCUCCCUCUGCUGGUAUGCUGUGCUCGCCCUCUGCAUGGUCGACCCCGUCUCCCUCUGCUGGUAUGCUGUGGACGACCCGCUGUUUUUGGGCUUCGGAGGGCACCGGUUGGCUGUAUCGCGCAAGCUGGCAUGCUCGCCCAUGAAUGUGGGCAUCGGGGACGCCUUUGACGAGCCGCUGCCUUGCGUGCUGAAGAUGGACGACGGGUCCCCCGGCUCGUUCGCGUACAGCAAGGUGUUUGAGGAGCCAAUCACGAUUCACUACGAGGACGGCACUCUCUCUGUUGAUGAUUCCUCCUCCUCCUCCUCUUCCACCUCAGCUGCGUCUCUUCUCACUAUGCUGCCUGCACGAGCAGGAGCUGAGGUUGCUGGUGUUGUGAACGGCACUGAGAGCAGCACUCUCUCAAGCACUGCACGCUUCACUUCCACCAGCGCCAUCACGCCUUCCUCCUCCUCCGCCUCCCCAGCAGCGUACGAGUGCUCGCCAGGGUGUCGCCUGCAGCGGCUGGCCAAUGGGGUGUGCGAUGGGGCGUGCAACACGCCCGCAUGCGCCUUUGACGGCGGCGACUGCGCGUGUGUCGACCCGCUCUUCGGCCCCGGCAUCUGCGCUUGCCCGCCCGGCCACACCCGCCGCGACGACGGCUCGUGCUGUCUGUCGACGGCGGUGGGAGCCAAUCUCAACUUCCCCUUCUCACUGCAGCGCUACGGCCCCAACUACACAGAGAGCAACUUCGCCUUUGCUGCUGAGAGGGGCUUCGCUGCCAACCGCUUCGUCUCACACCGCAACCGCCUGUUGAUUGGCUUGGUCCUGCAGCAGAACCGGUGGGACACACAGCAGUGCAACGGAUCAGGCCUGCUACACCUGGCGGGGUGGUGCAGCAACGGCACGUCCAGGGAGCCGUUUGGAGUGAACCCGCACUUCCUGCCCACGUCGGCCAUCUACGACAGCGCUGCCAGCGCCAACAUCUCCCAGCUCGACAACAACACCCUCAACCCGCAGAACCUCCCCUACGGAUUCAUCUACCCCGUGGCCUCCCUCAAAGCCUACCCCAUGGUGUUUGACAUCAAUCUCGACUACGAGGCGGCCAUGCGUCGUCUGCACUACCUGGUGGAUGGAGGCUAUAUCGACAACGGCACUCGCACUGUGGACGUCAGUUUCAUAACUUUCAACGGCGAGACGCUCACUUUUGUGCUGACAACUGUGAGUUGCAAGGUGACAACGGGCGGGAGCAUGGUAGUGAGCAUUCGGUCCCAGCCGGCAGCCAUGGCGAUGUACGAUGCAUCGGCGGACAACAUCGCACGGCUGGUGCUGGAGAUAGUUUACUUGGUGGGGCUGCUCUGGAAUGUGUGUGGCGAGCUGCAGGAGAUGGCCGACCGCGCUGCCACCCAUGGAUCGGUGCUCAGCUAUUUCGGCCUCGUGUGGAACUGGGUCGACAUGCUCUCUCUCACGCUGCAAGUGACUGCGGUUGUUAUCUGGGUGGUGCUAUGGCGGUACGUGGAAGCAUUUGACAUGCAGCCACGCUACGACAUCUACCAUACACUCCUCGAGAUGCCGCAGUAUUGGGCCGUGCCCAACCCGCCUGUGGGCUUCCUCGGCGCCACUCAAGCCUUCUCUGAUCUGCGCAACAUCAUCAACCUCCGUGGUGUCUACUUUUCCCUCCAGGGCAUAAAUCUCUUCUUCAUGAUGAUUCGCUUACUCAAAGUCAUGGACUUCCAGCCCUAUCUGGGCGUCAUCACUCGCUCCCUCGCCCUCGCCACGCCCUCCCUGAUGCACUUCUUCCUGCUCUCCUUUACGGUCUUCUUCUGCUUCAGCAUGUAUGCCUACCUUGUCUUCGGAGGAGCACUUGAGAUGUUCUCCACAGUGCUAGAGUCCAUGUUCUCGUGCUUCCUGCUACUUCUCAACGACAAUGGGUCGGCCUAUUUCUUCCAGCGCAUGGAGUCGUGGGACCUCAUAGCCGCGAUGCUCUUCUUCUUCAUGUUCAUCGUCUUCAUGGUCUUCAUCCUCCUCAACUUCCUCAUCGCCAUCAUCGUCGAUGCGUUCAUGAGCGUCAAGGAUAGCAACCUUGUCGCCACCUCAAUAGCCGCUGACCUCGCACACAUUUUCAAGUACAAGUGGAACUGCUGGCGUGGUCGCUACCUGCCGUAUCCAUCCAUUCUCGACCGCCUCGUGGAGUUGGGCGCCAAGGAUACCCGAGUUGACGAGUCGGAUCGUCGGAUGCGUCGCAUGCAGUCGAUGAAGCGGCGAACGCGGGCCCUCUUCUCCUGCAGCUGUGGCGGCGGAUGCAAGCCGUCGCACAUCGGUUGCGGGGAGAACCACCCCGCCUUCCCGUCCGCCAGCGAGACUGGGGAGCGGCGGCAGCACGUUCUGACAGUGAGGGAGAAGCGCAUCGACGUCAUCUCGCUCGCCAUGAUCCUGCAACGGUGCCAGGAUAGGGAGCGAGUUGGGCCCUGCAAGGCUGAGUCGCCGUACAAGUGUUGGUCAAGGGCAGGCGCGAGUGAGGAUGCGGAGGAGGAGCGGCUGGAGCAGCUGUCGCAGGCGGUGGUGCUGCAGUGUGGCGAGGUGGUGAAGCAGGCCGCCCAGCCAGUCAAGAAGAGCGCAAAGAAGCUCAGCCUGGCGCACAUCAAGGCGGAUCUGGCGCGCAGCGAGGCCAAGGUGGAGGAGCUGAGUGCCAUGAUGACAGACAUGCAAGCACUCAUGCUCGACCUCCUCGCCCGCACGCCCCCGCUAAGCAACACUGCCCACUCUUCGUGA